AUGAGAAUCCAUCAAAUCUUCUUGGCUUUCUUUAUACCCUUUUGGUUGAUAAACCUUAGUAUCAGCAUUGAUGCUGCAAGAAAUCACUACUGCUUUGGCCAUCAACAGCUUUUGUUGCUCCAAUUAAAGAAUAGCCUUCUAUUCAACACUGUUACAUCCAAAAAAUUGGUUCAGUGGAACAAAACUGAUGAUGAUUGUUGUCAGUGGAAUGGAGUAACAUGCAACAAAGGCCAAGUAGUUGGUCUUGAUUUGAGUGAUGAACUUAUCUCUGGAGGACUACACAACUCAUCAAGCCUCUUCAAUCUGCAAUAUUUGCAGAAUUUGAAUUUGGCUCACAAUGAAUUUGGUUCUUCCAUUCCUUCCACAUUUGGAAAGCUAAAGAAUCUGAGGCGUUUAAAUCUAUCAAAUGCCGGCUUUGUGGGACAGAUUCCAGCCGAGAUAUCUCAAUUAACAAAGUUAGUUGCUCUUGAUUUGUCUUUAUCAUUCUCAACACAACAUACUCUCAAACUUGUGAAGCCAAAUAUUGCCAUGCUGGUGCAGAACCUUACAGAGGUCAGGGAGUUGUUCUUGGAUGGAGUGAAGAUAUCAGAUGAAGGAAAGGAAUGGAGCCAAGCUUUAUCAUCGCUGCGAAAACUGCAAGUUCUUAGCAUGUCAUAUUGCAAUCUCACAGGAUCAAUUGAUUCUUCAAUAUCAAUGCUAGAGGCGCUCGAAGUGAUUCGACUAAACUUGAAUAAUAUUUCAGGUCUAGUGCCAGAAUCCUUCUCGAGUUUCUCCAAUUUGAAAGUCUUGGAGCUUAGGGAUUCCAGGUUGAGUGGCUAUUUUCCAAAUGGUGUCUUCCAAAUUCAAUCACUCAAUGUUCUUGAUGUGUCAAAUAAUCAUGAUCUUCAUGGUAACUUACCAAACUUUUUGCAGAAUUUGUCUCUUCACACCUUGAAACUUGACAACACAAAAUUUUCUGGACAAAUUCCAAGUUCCAUUUCCAAUCUGAAGCACUUGUCUACAUUAAAUCUUUCCAAUUGCCAAUUCAAUGGAACCUUGCCUAUCUCAAUGUCAAAACUCACCCAAAUUGUUGAACUAGACUUAUCAUUUAAUGAGUUUAGUGGUCCAAUUCCAUCUCUUAAUAUAUCUAAGAAUCUUAGAUAUUUCUCUGUCUUGCACAAUAAUUUGACUGGAUCCAUUCAAUCAUCUCAUUUUGAGGGCCUUCUACAUCUCCUCAACAUUAAUUUAGGUGAUAACUCUCUCUUUGGGAAAGUUCCUUCAUCUCUUUUUACCCUUCCAUCUUUGCAAGAGCUCACACUUUCUAAUAAUGGAUUUCAAGGUCCAUUGGAUGAGUUUUCAAAUGCUUCUUCCUUCCAACUACACUUGGUUGAUUUGAGCCAUAAUAGACUAGAAGGACAGAUCCCUCUUUCGUUCUUUCAACUUAAAGGACUUCAAUUCCUCCAACUUUCUGAAAAUGAAUUCAAUGGCACUAUACAUCUUGAUGUGAUUCAUAAUCUACCAAGCCUGCAUACAUUAGGCCUCUCAAACAACAAUUUAUCAGUUUAUAUACCACCUUUCAAUGAUGAUCAUAGCCUUUCAUCCUUUCCUAUUAUGAAGUAUCUGUUGUUGGCUUCUUGCAAGUUAGGGGAAUUUCCUGGUUUCUUAAGAAACCAAUCCCAACUUCAUGCACUAGACCUAUCCAACAACCAGAUUCAUGGAACAAUACCCAAUUGGAUUUGGAGGUCUGAGUCUUUGGUCUAUUUGAAUCUUUCCAACAAUUUUCUCACGAGUUUGGAAGGCCCUUUGGAAAAUCUCAAUUCUAAUCUAUAUAUCCUUGAUCUUCAUUCCAAUCAACUUCCUGGGUUAAUUCCCACUUUCACAAAAUAUGCUGUCCAUUUGGACUACUCAAGCAACAGAUUCAGCUAUGUCCCAUCCACUUUGGACAAGUAUAUUCCUUUCUUAUAUUUUUUCUCCCUUUCAAAUAAUAGCUUACGAGGAAAAAUUGAUGAUUCAUUUUGCAAAUUUUCGUCCCUUAGGUUGCUUGAUCUUUCAUACAAUAGCUUCAAGGGCUCUAUUCCCAAGUGUCUGACUAGAAAGAAUAGCACACUUAGGGUCUUAAAUCUUGCCAAAAACAAACUCACAGGUUAUGUUUCUGAUCGAAUCUCGAGUUCUUGUAACUUGAGGUUUCUUGAUCUCAAUUCAAACACUUUGGUUGGUCCAAUUCCAAAAUCUUUGUCCAACUGUCAGAAACUGCAAGUUUUGAACCUUGGAAACAAUCACUUCUCAAAUGAAUUUCCAUGCUUUUUAGGCAACAUUGCCACACUGAGAGUGUUGAUUUUAAGGUCAAAUAGACUCCAUGGUCCAGUUAAAUGCCAACAUAGCAAUAGAAAUUGGGAGAUGCUUCAUAUUGUUGAUCUUGCCUCCAAUAAUUUUAGUGGUAUGGUAUCUGGAUCUCUCUUGCAAAGAUGGUCAAAAAUGAUGAGCAAGGACAAUGAAGCCCAUCAAAAAUUUGGAAAUUUAUUUUUUGACAUGUUUGAUAACCAUGAUCCCAUACGUUUUAAGGAUCUUUUCACUGUCAUUGAUAAAGAUCUUGUGAUAAAGCUAAACAAAUUGUUGGGAGGAGAACCUUACUCUGUGAUAGAUCACAUAUUUGCUUAUUAUGUGACUGCCAAUGAACUUGGAUGUAGAAUCUUGGAUUCAGUUACAAUUGUCGGCAAAAAUUUACACUUGAAUUUGACCCGAAUUCCUUCUAUCUAUACUUCUUUGGAUUUCUCUUCUAACCAUCUUGAAGGUCCAAUACCUGAAGAGCUUGUGAAUUUGAGGGCACUCCAUAUUCUUAACAUGUCACAUAAUGCAUUUUCUGGUCAUAUUCCAUCUUCUAUAGGAAACUUGAUGAAUCUUGAAUCCAUGGACCUAUCAUAUAACAAUUUGAGUGGAAGGAUCCCUACUGGGAUUUCAAGUCUAUAUUUUCUUUCAGUGUUGAAUCUCUCCUUCAAUCAUUUGGUGGGGGAAAUUCCAACAGGUUCUCAAAUUCAGACUUUUGAUGCAUACUCCUUUGAAGGUAAUGAUGGGUUAUGUGGCCUUCCAUUAACCAAGAAUUGUGGUGACAAUGGAAUGAAAGAACCAUUGUUACCAUCUUCUGAAAAGAAAACUUCAAUUAACUGGAGUUUGUUAAGCAUUGAGUUGGGGUUCACAUUUGGGUUUGGACUUAUUGUCCUUCCCCUUCUUUUAUGGAAGAGAUGGAGACUAUGGUAUUCCAAGAAUAUGGAUCAUUUGCUUGCUAAAAUCUUUCCUCAACUCGAGUUUGUUUAUGAGCAACAUGGAGAGCAAAGGUACAGAUAUCUGAGGUGGAAUCGAAGCUGA